CGCGGCGCUCCCGGGCGUGCCGGCCACACUCCCCCCACCCACUCGGUGAGCUUGUCACUUCCUGCCCUCGCCCCAUCUCCGUCCGGGGUCAGUCAGUCGCUCCCUGUCGCUGCCGGAGAGUCUCUGCUUCCCCCUUCCUACGCGCUCCGCGGCGGUAGCUCGGGCUCUCCGGAGGAGGGGACGACAGAGAAAAAGAGACUGACUUAAUAAAGUUUCCUGAAACAACAACUACCACCGAAAAGGCCCAAGGUGGGGGGAGAUCCCCAUUCUUCCCCGCCCCUCUCCUAAAGCCUGAGGGACCGUUGCAGGUGGAACGGCGCUGGAAGGACCAGGGCUGCGGCGGCAGCCGUUGCCCCAGCGAGGGGAGCCUCAGGUCCUACCCGCUCCAGUUCCGGCUCCUUCGGUGGCGGCGGCAGCUGCUGCCGGGCAGUUCCUCCUGUCAACUGCCUCCGCCCGCGCGCCACCCGCCUAGCCACACAGCGCGGAGGACGCCGUAAGCCGCCGCCGCAGUCGCCUCGGCCCGCGGAGGGACGUGGUGAGCUGUGGCGCUUCCGCGUCAGCGCCGGCGGGGACUCUUUGGGAACGCGUCGGGCCCGAGUCCCGGUUCCCUCGCGUGGUCAGCGGAGGCUGCGCCAGGUGGGGCCCGCAGCCGCCCCCCACGCCAGGCUGUCCCCGCGGCUGCCCGGCCUGCCUGCCUUCCUUCCGCCCGCCGGCCCGCCCUAGGAGUUGACCACGCCGCAAUGAAGAGCUUCUUACAGUGAAAGGAAAGUAGGUCGAGUCCACUGAAAAUGCCUUUAAGGGACAAAUACUGUCAGACUGACCACCAUCAUCACGGAUGCUGUGAACCAGUUUAUAUCCUGGAACCUGGAGAUCCUCCUUUGUUACAGCAACCACUACAGACAUCCAAAUCUGGUAUUCAACAAAUAAUUGAGUGCUUUCGAUCAGGAACUAAACAACUUAAGCAUAUUUUAUUAAAAGAUGUGGACACUAUUUUUGAAUGUAAGUUAUGCCGCAGUCUCUUCAGAGGAUUACCAAAUUUAAUUACCCAUAAAAAAUUCUACUGCCCACCAAGUCUCCAGAUGGAUGACAACCUUCCUGAUGUAAAUGAUAAACAAAGCCAAGCCAUAAAUGAUCUCCUAGAAGCCAUAUAUCCAAGUGUGGACAAACGAGAAUAUAUUAUUAAGCUAGAACCCAUAGAAACUAAUCAAAACGCAGUGUUUCAAUAUAUUUCGAGGACUGAUAAUCCUAUUGAAGUCACAGAGUCAAGCAGUACUCCUGAACAAACUGAAGUUCAAAUACAGGAAACUAGCACUGAACAGUCAAAAACAGUACCGGUUACAGAUACAGAGGUGGAAACUGUAGAACCCCCUCCUGUUGAGAUUGUUACAGAUGAAGUUGCACCUACAUGUGAUGAACAACCUCAGGAGUCGCAGGCUGACUUGGAAACUUCUGACAAUUCUGAUUUUGGUCACCAGUUGAUAUGUUGUCUUUGUAGAAAAGAAUUCAAUUCUAGACGAGGUGUUCGCCGUCACAUUCGAAAAGUACACAAGAAAAAGAUGGAAGAACUAAAAAAGUACAUUGAAACACGAAAGAAUCCAAACCAGUCCUCUAAAGGACGCAGUAAGAAUGUUCUAGUUCCAUUAAGUAGGAGUUGUCCAGUAUGUUGUAAAUCAUUUGCUACAAAAGCGAAUGUAAGGAGGCAUUUUGAUGAAGUUCAUAGAGGACUAAGGAGGGAUUCAAUUACUCCUGAUAUAGCAACAAAGCCUGGGCAACCUUUGUUCCUGGAUUCUGUUUCUCCUAAAAAAUCUUUUAAGACUCGAAAACAAAAGUCGUCUUCAAAGGCUGAAUACAAUUUAACUGCAUGCAAAUGCCUCCUUUGCAAGAGGAAAUAUAGUUCACAAAUAAUGCUUAAAAGACAUAUGCAAAUUGUCCACAAGAUAACUCUUUCUGGAACAAACUCUAAAAGAGAGAAAGGCCCUAAUAAUACUGCCAACAGUUCAGAAAUAAAAGUUAAAGUUGAACCAGCAGAUUCUGUAGAAUCUUCACCCCCUUCCAUUACCCAUUCUCCACAGACUGAAUUAAAGGGAACAAAUCAUUCAAAUGAAAAAAAGAACACACCGGCAGCACAGAAAAAUAAAGUUAAACAAGACUCUGAAAGCCCUAAAUCAACUAGUCCGUCAGCUGCAGGUGGCCAGCAAAAAACCAGGAAACCAAAACUUUCAGCUGGCUUUGACUUUAAGCAACUUUACUGUAAACUUUGUAAACGUCAGUUUACUUCCAAACAGAACUUGACUAAACACAUCGAGUUGCACACAGAUGGAAAUAACAUUUAUGUUAAAUUCUACAAGUGUCCUCUUUGCACUUAUGAAACUCGUCGGAAACGCGAUGUGAUACGACAUAUAACUGUGGUUCAUAAAAAGUCAUCUCGUUAUCUUGGGAAAAUAACAGCCAGUUUAGAGAUCAGAGCUAUAAAAAAGCCUAUUGAUUUUGUUCUAAAUAAAGUGGCAAAAAGAGGCCCUUCGAGGGAUGAAGCAAAACAUAGUGAUUCAAAACAUGAUGGCACUUCUAACUCUCCUAGUAAAAAGUAUGAAGUAGCUGACGUCGGUAUUGAAGUAAAAGUCACAAAAAACUUUUCUCUUCACAGAUGCAAUAAAUGUGGAAAGGCAUUUGCCAAAAAGACUUAUCUUGAACAUCAUAAGAAAACUCAUAAGGCAAAUGCUUCCAAUUCACCUGAAGGAAACAAAACCAAAGGCCGAAGUACAAGAUCUAAGGCUCUUGUCUGCCUUGCGAAGCCGUCGCCCCGCAGCGCUGCCGCCCUGUGCCCGGCCGCCCCCGGGAGCCGCUGCCCGCCCGCGGGCGCCGUCACCACGCGCCAGGCCGCUGCCAGCUGCCGCGCCAAGCUCCGCGGCGGCGCCGCCCGAGAGCGCCAGCACGCGGCCCGGGUCCUGGGGAAGCCCGCGGCCCCGUGAGCGCCGCCGCCUGGCCGCCGGCGGGACCUCGCCCUUGCUCCGCACCGCGGUACCUCAGGCGCCUCGCCGCGGCGGUCUCCACCGGCCGACCGGUCGUCCGCAGACCCCUGAGUCCUCUGCCUCGCCUCAAACCCCUUUCACUCCUUGCCCUCGUCGGCCCUGGGUCGAGCCAGAACUCUCCCGUGAAGCCCUCUAGAGGACCACGUGCCUUAGGGACAGGCUGGGGGCGGCCUCCGUGCGAGUCGUGGCUGCUCGCAGAGCAGCACGUCCUCUGCCUGCCAAAAUCCCGGCUUCUUUGAGAAUCUUGUUACUGGACAAUACCAUCCUUUUCCUUUCAACCUGUAAUUUAUAGAUUUCCUAUUCCUAGUGAGUUUUGUCAUAAUUAAUUAUUCAAAGACUAGCUCCUACUUGAACCUUCACCUCAGAUCCUGUCAUCAACAAGCUAGUUUCCCCUACCCCCCCCCCCCCCCCCGCCCCCCGCCACAACCCCAAAUAUUGCCAUCUGCCAGAAGAUUGUUUUAAUAACUGUCCAAAUCCUCAGUGACUGUGGGGUGCUUGACACAACUUGGAGUUGUGUUAUGCACAACUGUGGUUAAAGUUGAACUCCGACAUCCAGUCCCCUCCUUCCUGUAACUUCAUCUCCAGUGAUUAUUUCUCCCCUUCAGAAUCAGUCCUUGCUACCACAGUUCUAGACCGUGUCAUUAUUAGAAUCCACAUCCUCUCUACAGUCUUGUCUGUGGUGACCAUGACCUCUCAGAUCUCCUGCUCCAGGGAGCGGAAGUGACUGACAGGUCCGCCUGCCUUCCCAAGGCAUCCACUGCUGGGUUUGCACUUGAGGCCAUGCUUCUUCAGCACUACUCCCAGUCAGUGAGCGGGCACAGCACGGGAUGUUGGUGGUGGCACGUUCAUGGAAGAUGUGGGACUCCUCUGAUAAGCAAGUUUGGCUUUGGAACACCUGAGCGGCCUGGUUGAAACUUUCUGAGAACUAUGCUGCAUGCAGCCUGAGGCUCUUGGGCCCAGUUCCCCUUUCCUUUCAUAGGUGUCAUACCUGUAUUAUGGUAUAAAGGCUCCCUUCCCCUCUCCUGCUUCCUUCCCUUUAUCCUUCACAGGAGUUCCCUCAAUAAAACUCUUGCACACUGAACCCUGUCUUGGUGUCUGCUUCUAAGAGGACCUGAACUAGCACAUCAUCACCAUCUUCCUAUCCUAGAUUCCUUGCUCACUGACAGCUAAUUCGUUUGCUUCAUUUUUUUCCCACUGUUUAUCAGCCCCUGUCUUGCAUUCUCGUCCUUGGUUAGUCUAGAUUCUGUGAUCCAUUAUCAUGAUCAUUCUCCUUGAAAUGCAUUGCUUUCAGCACUCUUGAACCGUAAUUUCUUCCAAUUUACUUUCCUGACAAAAUCCCAACUCUGGAUAAAUCUUAUCAUCUGCCUUUCAUGGGCCUUACUGGGACACUGAACAUUUUCUUUGAGAAAAACACACAAUUCAGCCAAUUCAUUUUUACUUCCAAUUCAUUAACUCAAACCUCAAGUUGGUGCUGUUUUUCCUACUGUAAUCUCAGUUAUCCACAUCUGAGACUACUCUUCAUACCUUUUCAUCUCCUCAAAAUGUUCCGAUCUUUUCCUCCCUGUUUACUUCACAUUUCCCUGAGAAAACAGAAUUUACUACAUACAGACUUCCUCAUCUUGUCACCACAAGACCCUCCAACCCAGUUACCUUGGUAACCUUCCUUUUUGUGAUAAUAGAGGGAGCUUCACAGAUCAGCCCCUCCUCUCAUGCCCCGAAUCCCAGCCCCUUUGCCUUUUCAAGGACUUCCUCCUUAGGUUUUCCCCUUUCUCUCUUUGGCUUCAUCAAUCCCGCCUCCUCUCAAUGGAUUAUUCCCUGCACACAUGCUCCAGUGUCUUUCAUCUUAACCACACCUUCCCUUGUGCACGUCUUCUCCAUCUGUGAACCAUUUCUCAGCUCUCCUUUAGAACCAAACUUUUUAAUGGAGUUGUCUGUUCUUUCUAUCGGGAUAUUGUGACACCAGUUCCACCUGGUCUCUCUGCUACCACUCUUAACCACUCCAAUACAUUUUUGAUAGAGUGGUAGCAACAACCUUUCUCACAAAUUGAAUUAAGCAAAUUGCUGCUUUUAGGAUAAAAUCUAAACCCCUUUACCAUGGCUCACAUAGCCUUGCACAAUCUGACCCUUACCUAUCCUUUCUCCCCCAUCUAUGCUCCUCUCUUUAUUGCCCACUCGAAUGCAGCCACACUGGUUCUUUCCAAUGUGCCAAGAUAUUUUCUGCACCUCAGGGGGCUAGGUAAUGCUGUUUUCUCUGUUUAAGCUGCUUUUCACAGCCACUCUCUCUCCCACCACAACCGUAUCCUUUAGAUAACUGAUUAAAUAUAACAUCUUGAGAAAGACCUGCAUGGAGCACUCUAUUGAAAGUAGACCCUACCUUUCUGUCCUCCCAUUUGCUGUAUCAGUCCUUUGUUUCCUUCAUCACUCUUAAUCUGUAUCUCAACUUGUAGUGUUAUUUAUUUGUUUAUUUACCUUUGGGGGAUCUAUUUCCCAUACUAGAAUGUAUAAGGGAAGAGACCAUGUUUGGAUGUCUAGAUUCUUCAACGUUGUAUUCUCUGCCUGUAGCACAAUAUUUGACACAUAUUAGGUACACAAAAAAUAUCUGUUGAAGGAAUGAAUGAACAUAUUUGAUACUUUUUCUGUUGAGGUUUCACUUUUCAUUGAUUUGUAAGAACUUUUUAUAUAUUGAAACCACUAACCAUUUGUUUGUUCUGCAUUGUGCAGACAUUUUGCUCUUUGUCAGAUAUCUAUCAAUUUAAUCUGUGGUGUCUUUGAUAAACAGAAAUAUUGCAUUUUUUAAUUUAGUUAAAUCUGUCUUUCAUGAUUUCUGCUCUUGGUGUUAUGUUUAAAAAUGUCUUCUCUUUCCCAGUGUUAUAUAAAUAUCUGUCUAUGUUUUUUAUUUUAUUUUUUUAGAUUUGAAUUUUUACUCCAAAUGGAAUUUAUUUUUGAUAUAGGUGUGAUUAAAGGUCUAAAUAUUUAUUUAGUUGUUGCAUCAUCAUUUAUUGAAAACUCCCUUUUUUGCUCUUUUAAAAAUUCCACAUUUAUCAAAUAUUAAAUUCUUACACACACUUGGAGUGGUUUCUGAAUUUAUUGUUUGUUUAAUUUUUUUAUAUCCUCCAUUCCUGAACCAUGCUGUUUUAAUUAUUGCCAUUUUAUCAUUUGUUUUACUGUGUGUUUAGUUUCUCAAUUAAUGGGGUAAAUGUUACUCUUCUUUUAAAAAAUAUUUUUGGCUAUAUUUUUGCAUGUAUUCACGCAGAUAAGCUUUAGAUAUAUUUUGGUCAUGUUCCAAAAGAAAUUCUAUUGCCAUUUUGUUUGGAAUUGCUUUAACAGUACAGACUACUUUGGGGAGAAUUACCAACUUUGUAAUAUUAAAUUUCUCAUUCAGGAACUUGUCAUGUGUUAAGGUUACUGAAGACAAUCUCCAAAUGUUCUUUAGUAAUUUUGUAUAUCUUGCAUAUUUUUAUUAAUUGUAUUGUUAGAUAUUUCACUUCUUUGUUGCAUUUGAAUGGGAUCAUUUUUCCAUUAUUUUUUAUUACUGACUGUUCCUUCUGGGGUCAAGCUAUUGAUUUUUGUAUUUGAUAACUUUUUUGAACUCUUUCAUUAAUACUCCCUAGUUGAUUCUCUUCUAAGUAGCCAAUCAUUUUAAGUAUAAUUAAUGGCGAUUUUUCUCUCUUUCUUUAUAAUAUAUAUAUCUCAUAUGUUAAAUAAAUGAUGGUAAUAAUUUUGCCCUUAUUCCUGACUUGUUAGGUAUGCCAUUAAAUUUUACCAGCUUUUAAAUGUUAGCUCUUAGACUGAAAUUCAGGUCUUUAUCAGGUUAAAGAUGUGGUUUGAUGGUUCAAAUAUGCUAAGCAUUUUAUUAGAAGUUGUUCAAUUAUAUUAAGCAUACCCUAGGUAACUAGAAAUGAUCAUGUGGUUUUACUUCUCUGGCCUGUUAUCACAAUAAAUUAUGUUAAUAGUUUCUCAAUAUUGGAUUAUUUCUGUAUGAGAUGUAUCCUGUUAAAUAAUGGUGUUUUCCCUUCCUUUUUUCAUAUAACAAUAUUGAACUCAAUUUCUUACAUUUUAUUUGGAUUAUUGCAUUUAUAAUUAUGAUUAAGAUUGGGUUGUAGUUUUACAUUUUUGAAUUCUACCUUUAUCAGCUUCAAAAUCUAGACUGGUACAUAGCAUAUGAAUUGCCUAUUCUUUGGGGUCUGGGGAAACUCACCCAUAACAUUGUUUAGGCCUCAAUGUCUUUAAGGGAGGAUGAGUAGAAGACAAUUCUCUGAAAACUUAAAAAACCUUUUCUAUGGUUUUAACUAUCUCUUAUCAAUUUUUUAAAAAAUCAUAUUUUUAAAGAAAAACAUGCAUUUUCAUAGAAUUUAAAAAUUUUUUGUCUAUAUAUAAUUAUAAUUAAAAAUAUUUUUCUCUGUA